AGAGCCGGAGGAGAUGGACAAAUCCUUCUAAAUAAGGGUUCUGUUGCAAUAGAAAGAAAUUCUGAUGGAAAAUGUGUGGCUCCUUCAGAAGUUAUGGAACCGGACAAUGAAGUUUACACACAGUUCAUGAAAAACCACAAAUGCUACGAUAUUAUACCUAUCAGCUCCAAACUUGUAGUGUUUGAUACCUCCUUACAGGUAAAGAAAGCUUUCUUUGCUCUUGUAAGCAAUGGCGUAAGAGCAGCACCACUCUGGGAUAGCAAGAAGCAAAGCUUUGUAGGAAUGCUAACAAUCACUGACUUUAUCAACAUCCUCCAUCGCUACUACAAAUCUUCUCUGGUGCAGAUCUAUGAGCUGGAAGAGCAUAAGAUUGAGACAUGGAGAGAACUCUACUUGCAGGAUUCAUUUAAACCUUUGGUUAGCAUUUCCCCUAAUGAAAGUCUGUAUGAUGCUGUAUCGUCACUAAUUAAAAAUCGUAUUCACCGUUUGCCAGUCGUCUCUCCAGAUUCAGGCAACACCUUGUACAUCUUGACGCAUAAGCGCAUUCUCAAGUUCCUCAAAUUGUUUAUGUCUGAGAUGGAGAAACCAGCUUUUGUUACUCAGACCUUAAAGGAACUGAGCAUUGGUACAUAUGAUAACAUCGCUAUGGUUCAUGCCAACACUCCUGUAUAUGUUGCCCUGGGAAUAUUUGUGCAGAGGCGUGUAUCUGCUUUGCCUGUUGUAGAUGAGUCAGGACGCGUAGUUGAUAUUUAUUCCAAGUUUGAUGUCAUUAACCUGGCAGCUGAAAAGACCUACAACAAUUUGGAUAUCACAGUGACCAAAGCUCUAGGCCAUCGUUCUCACCAUUUUGAAGGUGUACUGAAGUGCUACGCUCAUGAAACACUUGAGACCAUUAUUAAUCGGUUGGUGGAAGCUGAGGUGCACAGGUUGGUCGUCGUCGAUGAAAAUAAUGUAGCAAAAGGAAUAGUUUCCCUUUCAGACAUCCUGCAAGCUCUCGUUCUGACUGCUGGAGGUACAAAGGCGCUGUAACCAUAGUACAGAUAAAUUAUACCAUUUCAACAGUUAUGUGAUGUACUGAUACAUGAAGACCUCAAAUUAUAGACUUCAAGACCUCCAAAUAAACAAACACAGCAUUAAUUAAUGGAUAGUGGUGUUCCAUGGGACAAAUGGCAACACAGUUAGUGAGAUAAAUGUAACUGAACAUAAGCAAUAUUGAAAAAAGAACCAAAUUGUCUUCAGCAAUACAAAGAUUCUACCAGCAUAAUAGUGGCAUCAUGAAAAUGUUAGUGACAAAUUUUGAUAGACUUUAUAUUGCAUACGGAAUCAUACAGUAUAGCUUGUGUUUCUAAAUAUAUUUAUUGCACUCUUCAACAUUGUUCCAUGAAUCUAAACCCGCACUGUGUUUUGCCAGCAUACUAAGAAGAAGACUUCUCAAACUUUGAAGAAAGGAAAAUUUAAACAAAAAAGUGUUUGAUUCCACGCUCUGUUCAGUGUUUUAAUGUGACUCUUGUAUAGUGUUUUUAUUAUACCAAACACUGAAUGCAUGUUUUAACUAUGUUUUAAGGAGCACAUAUUUUUAUUUCAAGGGAGACAGGUUUUUCCCCAAUAUCUAUUUUGCAAUGGGCAUACUGAAGUAUCACAUGUUCCUUUUUAUAUAUGUUUUUUUAAAUACAUAUAGAUGAUUCAGUUAAAAUUUGGUUCAUCUAAACUAACACCCAUUCCCUGUUUUAGAAUGCAAUGUGUGGUUGGAAGUUUACUAUAUAAAUAAUUUGUGUUUUUCAUAUUAUAAGAUGAGAAUAUAGUGUCCAAGUUAACUUUGUAAAAUUAAUAAAACUCAGUUUUCCUAA